CCACCGCCUAGUCAGAGGGGCUUUGGGGCUACGAUGAUAGUUUUGUACAGCCUGCAAGGCGGAGUCUGGGGUAAAGCGAAGCAGAAUGGCGGGACUACCCUCCUCGUUCAUGAGAUCAUUGAGCGAGCCGACUGUAUAUAGUCUGUUGAUAUUCGGAUGGAGGCGUUGAAGAUCCACAUGUGAAGUCUCCGUGUUGGCUGUUCUGUGAAUUGUUUUGGUGCUUCAUCUUUCCCGAAAGAGGAUCCGCGAUACUCCAGAUCAGACCAUGCCUUAUACAGGAAAACCAUCGAAGGGGUGCGAUAUGUGCAAGAGUCGGAGAAUCAAGUGUGAUGAGCAGAAGCCAGCAUGCGGGAACUGUGUCAAGAGCAAAAGGAGAUGUCCCGGAUACCGACAGGAAUUUGAUAUUAUGUUUCGAGACGAGAACAAGGCGAUGGCAAGAAGAGUGCGAAAUUCCAGCAGAAGGAGAGACCAGAACAGUCGGUCGGUCACUCCCAGCGACCAAGGCUUACACCAAUCCCCAUACGGGACUCCGCUUCUACUUCCAGACCCUCAGCUUGACGAUGUUCCUUUCCCCGGGACAUCAUUGGACGCAAAUCAAAGUGUAUGGCAUAACUUUCUUGGAAGCCUCGAGCAUGCACUUCCUGCGAGCAUCACUGUGUCUCCGGAAUCCGAAGCGGUACCCUUUUUCUUCCGCAACUUCGUUGCAUUACCUCAGCAGGCAGAUAGCAUGCGAGGCUACCUAGAGCUUCUUUUGCCGCUGUAUAACAGGAAUCUAUCGUCCUCUACUUUGCACCUUGCCACCAAGGCGGUUGCCCUUGCCGCAUACGGAAAUUAUCCCGGUAAAAAGCAUCUCAUCGAAGAUGCAGCAAAGGCCUAUGGCGAAGCGAUUCUCAAGCUCAACGAAGACUUGACAGAUCCUGCUAUUGCGAGAUCAGACGAGAGUAUUCUAGCAACGUUGUUGUUCUCCUUGUAUGAAAACAUCACUUCCACCAGCGAUACAGUUCAAGCCUGGGGAAAUCAUGUCGACGGCGCAAUAGCGUUGACAAAACUGAGAGGAGCAGAUCAGUUCAAGGACCCCUUGUCUCAUGAAGUGUUUCGAGCGGUGCGAUCGAUGAUGGUUAUUAGUUGCGUGCAACGGUCAAAGCCUGUGGAUCUCGUGCCGUUCCCUGGAGGAGAUCGAUGGAUGGGAACAGAAUUCAAAAACGAAAACGCGGCGAAUCGUCUCACAUUGAUCUGUAUCGAUAUUCCCAGCAUUCGCGCAAGAACCAACACACUUAUUCAAUCUUCAUAUCAUGAAGGACUGGUGUCUGAGGCUUUGAAUAUCAUCGAAUUCGCACAGACAGUUGACCAGAGCCUGCAGAAGUGGUACGAAACACUACCAGACUCGUGGCAGCACCAAUUCAUAGGUCUUGAAAGCGGAAUCGGUCCUGAAGGAGCGAAUACGGCGGCGUGGCCGGGAGAACAACAUGCGUAUCAUGAUGUGCCGCUCGCGAGCAUCGUGAACGAAUACCGCGUGUGCCGCAUCUUCUGCCAGCGUGCUAUCCUCCACUGUACGACUUAUAUCACGACGAAUCCAACGCACAGGCUCGACAACGCUACCUAUGACAGCGCCGCUUUCAUUAUUCAGCAGAUGGUCAAUGACAUCGCGGCUUGCGUGCCGUUCCACCUAUCCUACGAUAUGCAACCGGUAGCGCAGAUGCUUGAACAAGAAAGGACUGCUGCGGAAGGAUUUGGGGCCUACAGUUUAGUCUGGCCACUAUAUGUCGCAGCCAAUGCGGAAACAGUGCCUCAAGAGCAGAAGAUGUGGUUUCUUAACAGACUCCACUAUAUCGGAGAACGGUUCGGGUUAUCGAACGUGCAAGUCUUGGUGAUGGCGAAGCAGCAUGUACUCACUUGUGGGGCCCUAUUUCCAUAGCACGGGAUAGUAGAAUCCUUUCAGUGAGCUGGACUACUGAUGAAAUGGAUAUAUUCGAGUUACGACGAUCACAGAAAUUGGAAUCGAAAGAAUACUUGAGCUAGUGGGGAUUAUUGUAGUGUCGGGUUUGUUGACAAUAACAUUUAUUGGUCUUGCUAUCUUUGCUCCAUCUUGCUGCAAAACCCCAUUCAGUUGGGACCAUCGCUUGAGACCCAGUAGAGAGAAAUACGUGUAGACAAUGUUUAACUGGGCAUUGCCAGAUUGAUGGUUUACUACAAGGGGGCUGUAGUUCGUGCAUCAAUUGUCCCACUUUUUCCAUUCCCUUGUUCAUGAUCCCACAAC